UGAAUGUUUAAUUCGGCAACGGCGUUACGGCCGAAAACGGGCGCUCAUCUCACGUCUACGCGAUAAGCAUGCUCAAAACUCGCGUUUUGGCCGCCGACUUAUGCUGUUCCUCGGCCGGCUGAGCAGACGAAGGCGUUUAAAUGUAACAUUAGUUGUAUAUGCUGCGCUCCGUUUAUUGUUCUGGUCCCAGACACAGACGAGCGAUUGUGUAGGAAGAUGUUGAGUCGACUGAUGAGCGGCAGCAUCAGGAACCUGGACAGAGAAUACAGCUGUACGGUGAGGCUGCUGGACGACACGGAGUACACCUGCACCAUCCAGCGCGAUGCUAAAGGACAGUACUUAUUUGACCUCAUCUGCCACCAUCUGAACCUGCUGGAGAAGGACUACUUUGGCAUCAGAUAUGUGGACCCUGACAAGCAGAGGCAUUGGCUGGAGUUUACAAAAUCAAUCGCGAAACAAAUGAAAUCCCAGCCACCUUUCACUAUGUGCUUGCGAGUGAAGUUCUACCCCCCUGACCCUGCUGCUUUGAAAGAAGAAAUCACUAGAUACCUAGUCUUCCUCCAGAUCAAGAGAGAUCUGUACCAUGGCCGACUCCUGUGCAAGACAUCAGAUGCAGCCAUUUUGGCUGCCUACAUCCUGCAAGCUGAGAUCGGGGACUAUGACCCUGGCAAGCACCCCGAGGGCUACAGCUCCAAGUUCCAGUUCUUCCCCAAGCACUCCGAAAAGCUAGAGCGGAGGAUUGCCGAGAUCCACAAGACGGAGCUGAUAGGGCAGUCACCCGAAACAUCGGAGCUGAAUUUCCUCCAGAAAGCUCAGAUGCUUGAGACGUACGGUGUGGACCCACAUCCCUGCAAGGAUGUGUCUGGAAACCCUGCUUUCCUUGCCUUCACCCCAUUUGGAUUUGUUGUGCUUCAGGGAAACAAGAGAGUGCAUUUUCUCAAGUGGAAUGAAGUGACCAAACUGAAGUUUGAAGGGAAGACUUUUCAUAUUUAUGCAAAUCAGAAGGAGGACAAGAAAAUCAUCUUGACAUACUUUGCACCUACUCCCGAGGCUUGCAAACACCUGUGGAAGUGUGGGGUGGAGAACCAAGCAUUCUACAAGCUGGAGAAGUCGAGUCAAGUGCGUACUGUGUCCAGCAGCAACUUGUUCUUUAAGGGGAGCCGGUUCCGAUACAGCGGAAGAGUUGCAAAGGAAGUGAUGGAGCAAAGUGCAAAAAUAAAGCGUGAACCUCCGGAGAUACACAGGGCGGGACUGGUGCCCAGCAGGAGCUGUCCGUCCAUCACUCAUGGGCCUCGCCUCAGCAGCGUCCCCCGCACGCGCAGGAGGGCUGUCCACAUAUCCAUCAUGGAGGGACUGGAGUCCUUGCGAGACAGCGCCCACUCGACCCCGGUGCGCUCCGUGUCCCACGGCGACUCCUUCAUGCCUCGCUCCCGCAGCCUAUUGACUGACAGCGGCGACGGCACGGCGGUCAUUUCCGAUGAGGCGUACAGCCCCUCUGACAGCGUGCUGCCCACCCCGGUGGCGGAGCACAGCCUGGAGCUCUCCAUUGCACGCCACAUCAAUGGUGCCCCCUGCAGCAUCGAGGAGGAGAAGGAGUCUGAGGCGGGCACGCCGACGGGCGGAGACGCGGCCGAGUUGGGGCCGGAUGGUAGGUUGCUGAGCCCAGGACACGGUGGAGAGGCCUCUUCCUUGAGUGGUGUGGAGCAGGUCAAUAAGUUUGUGCUAAGUGUCCUCCGCCUGCUCCUGGUGACCGUAGGACUCCUCUUCGUCCUGCUCCUCCUCCUCAUCGCCCUCACCGAGUCUGACCUUGAUAUCGCAUUUCUGCGCGAUAUUCGUCAGACCCCAGAGUUCGAGCAGUUCCAUUACGAAUAUUUUUGUCCCCUCAGGCGAUGGAUUGCUUGCAAGUUCCGCUGGUUGGGCGGGCACCUCAUCAACAAGUGAAAAUAUGGGGUGGGCUGCACGCCCUUCCGGCCCCCCUCCCCCACGUUGGGGAUUCCUGAAGAUGAGAGAUCAGCA